AUGGACAAGCUGUCCUCCGGCCGCACCUGGAUCGGCGUCGUCGUUGCCGUGGCCGGAAACGUCACCAUCAGCGUAGCCCUCAACUGCCAGAAGCUUGCCCAUACCCGGUUACAACAAGCGCAGCAUGGCCAACAAUUGCACACAGACAACGAUGGGGCUGCACCGCUCGAUCAAAUUGGCGAUACCACUUCGGAGGCAGACGAGCAGACACAUGGACCUCAACAACCAGCUUCGACGAGCCGCGAAUUGUCCGAAAGCAGCACGACCACCAAGCAAAAUGGACACGAUGCAGACGCAGACAACAAGUCGCAAAAGGCGAAUGGCAACGGCGGAAUGGACACCGAGUUUCUGCACAGCAAGUUGUGGUGGCUCGGCCUGGCGCUCAUGACCAUCGGUGAAGGCGGCAACUUUAUCUCAUACGGCUUUGCGCCCGCUUCGCUCGUCGCUCCCCUAGGAGCCGUUGCAUUACUCUCCAACGUCAUCAUCUCACCUAUACUGCUGGGCGAACGCUUCCGCAUCUCCGACAUCGGCGGAAUUCUGCUUGCCAUCAUCGGCGCCGUCACUGUCGUAUUCAGUUCCAAGCAGAACGAUGCCCGCCUCGGCCCGGCCCAGCUGCUCCAGGCCAUCAAGCGCCUCGAGUUUGUCAUCUACACAGCUAUCUCUGUGUCAGCGGGUGCAGUACUGGCCUUCCUCAGCUCGACCUCGUGGGGAGACAGGUGGGUAUUGGUCGACGUCGGCACAUGUGCUAUCUUUGGCGGAUUCACUGUCUUGUCGACCAAGGGCAUUUCGUCGCUCAUUUCCGGUGGGCAGCCGAUCGAGGCGCUCAAAUUCCCAAUCACGUAUGUGCUCGUUGUCGUGUUGGCGGUGACGGCGGUGGUACAAAUCACGUACCUGAACAGGGCGUUGCAGAGGUAUGAUAGCAGGGAGGUGAUUCCGACGCAGUUCGUGUUUUUCACCAUUUCCGCCAUUGUAGGGUCGGCGAUUCUGUACCGGGACUUUGAGAAUAUGGAUGCGCAUCGGCUGAUCAACUUCCUGUUUGGAUGCUUGACCACGUUUGCGGGGGUGUUUGUGCUCACUUGGCGCAAUGGAAGCAGCGACUCGCACGAUCAGGAGCAAGGAGAGCUGCACGAAGAGUCGGGGGAGGAGUCGCUGCUGGCAGAAGACAUGCACGCGGAUUAUGCGGGGACGAACGAACAAGAGCCGCUACUUUCACACUCAUGGCACGCAGAACUACGAGGUCGCGAUCCGCCUACCACCACCAAACUUGCACGGCAACGCAUCGGCUUCCUCGAACCUGCCUUUGAAGAAACCCGGCCUGGUCCGAGCAACGCCCUGCGCGUCCCCAGAGCGCCCAAGUCCAGCCCCUCGCGACGUCCGCGCUCGCGCACCAACUCUCCGCACACCACUGCCGCGCGUCUCUCCGGCUCGUGGGACCGGUCUUCGCACUUCUCGCGUUCCGCAACCCAGGCGUCGAGCGGCACGGGCUUGCUCUCGUCCUCGGCGGCGCGCACACCCAAGUUGAGCCUCAUCGGCAUGGAUCGGCCGACGGGAUUGAGCUCGGGCCAUUAUCUGCUGUUAGCCACGCCGCCGCCGGUGGUCACCUUGAAUCCGGUUGCACCGGCGGGGAGGAGAGGUGCAGGGUCGCAGUAUGGGGCUGUGGGCAAAGGGGGUGCGAUUUUACCGUUUCCUGUUACCACGCCCGGUGGUGGCGCAAGUGCAGGUGCUGCAUGUGGUCAGCCGACGUCUGCACCAGAAUCAACCGCACCAGCACCGGCGUCGGCGCCUACAGCAGCAGAGACUAUCGCUACCACGGUGGUAGAGACAUCGGCACCGUCCCAAGGUGCGGAGCGCGAGUUGACGGACAGACUGACGGAUCAGGUUGCUUCCCCCGGCUCACGAUCGGAUACUUAG